AUGUGGAAGGGUCCAUUCGUGGAUGCUUUCCUGUUGAAAUUGAAGAACAAGGGCGCGCCACUCAACAACAGGAAGAUAUGGUCUAGGAGGUCGGUCAUAUUGGCGGAGUUUUUGAACUCCACCGUCAGGAUUUACAAUGGGAAUUCGUUCGUUCGUUGCAAGAUCACCGAGGCCAAGGUGGGCCACAAGUUCGGGGAGUUCGCUCUGACGCGAAGGAGGAAGUUCAGAGGAAGCGAUGGCAAAGGGGGUAAGACUAAGACCCUUAAGAAGGGCGCCUCAAAAUGGGAAGAAAGAGGUGAUAUGGGCGUCAGACUCGAAUACUGCAAAAGGCGCUCGGUGGAUGAAUUCUUGCAACAGUUCAAGAGGUGCAUGAUUUUGUGA